UUUUUUAUCCAAAUCUUUUUCAGAUUCUUUUAAAUUAUCCAAACCUAUCGAACAACUAAGAAUUAGCCAAAUGUUAACUUCAAGUAAACAAUAUGUUAGUAAUAUUGACUUGACAACAUGAUACUGACUUUGAAGAGACAUAUGAAGGUCAACAUUCCAAAAUUUUAGUAUUUUAAAUAAGAAAAGAGUUACAAAAUUAUUAACGAUAACGUAAAAAUGGCUAAUAUUUUGAUGCAUUAUGAAAAAUUUGGCUUAUUAAUAGAAUUCUAAUAGGUUUGGAUAAUAUAAAAGAAUCUAAAAAAAUUUUGAAUAAAAAAUAGACAUUAACCUAACAUUUUUGAAAAAUACUAACAGGUCGUUUGAUUGUGUGAUUUUAAAAAAUGUUGGUAAAACCUUGGAUUUUAGACCAAAAAAUCCCCCCCCCCCCCCACACACACACACACACACAUUUGCAAAGAAAUACUAAAUCCCUAUUUCUUUUUCACUUUAUUUGCUUCUAAAGUUAUUGUUGACGUUGUUUGUUAUUAUUGCAAACUGUGAAAAAUACUUUCCAACUAUGAAGUUAAUCAAGAAAGCUUUUAUAAAUGAAUUUUUAGUUGUAUACAUUGAAAAAUAUUUGAGUCUCCAAAUAAAAAAUGAAUGUAUUUUAUAAACCUUUUAGAAUAUGAGCCGUCACACGUUGAUGUAAGAAACUACUCAUUAAUUCAAAUUUUGUAUGUUAUUUUUAGAAUAUUUUGUUUUAAUUUUAUCAAAUGGCGCAUUUCUCCAUAAAACAUGAGUUCACCAAUAUAGAAUGUGUGGUGCUCGCACUUGUCCGCGAGCCCUUGAAGUUUAAGUCUGGUACAACCCAUGAAGCAUUAAUGUUUGUACAUGGCCGAUCCAUAUACACUGUCUUCAAGGUAUGCUCUAACUGUGACGUGCUAGCUCGAUCAUGUGCCUAGGUAUAGUUAUAUGCAUUAUAAUAAUUAAGUUUCUACAUAUUCACAACACCAAGAUAAAAACAGUCAUAAAUGCACCGAGUAUUAAAUUUUGACUACCUGAUGAAAUACUAUAUUUGAGUAAUUAUACCUCUAAAUCAUACAUAAAAUAUUUUAAACAUAAAAAAUAUUAAGAUUAAAUUAAUACUUGUAAAGAGUAAAAAUUAUAUAAUGAGGUUAAUUAUAACUCAUUAUAUGUUAACGUUUAGCAGUUAACCAGGCUGAAAUUUUAGAGAACCAGUCACCUAUAGUUUGUACAAAAUAUUAUUAUUUCGUAUUAGUUUUGAAAAUUCAUAUUAAUUUAAAUAAUUCUACAUCGCUUUUGCAUAUUCAAUACUGUAGUUCGAUAUGCAAUAUUUCAAGCAAUGAAAUUUGUGUUGCAAUUUUAUGAUUAUCCAUCAUUUUAUAGGUUGUAAAAAUUAUAAAUCACGUAUUAAACUUUGCUUAUCAGAAAAUUUAAUAGGUUAGCUAACCGUGAAAAGUCCUCUGCUUUUCAAAUCUUCGCUUAGUGCAUGUUUACAAUUUACGAAGAUAAAAAUAAAUUUGUUUAGUGUAAUUGGUUGUGAUUAUUGUUUUUGUUUGAAGAGACCAUGGUUCAAAUCUUGAUAUUGAUACUUUUUCAUAUGAAAUAGAUAAUAAUUAUGAUGAUAAAAAUACUCUUCUUAUUUUCACUCUCGCUUCACGAAAUUUGAAAUAGAAUAUGUUAAAACAUUGAAUAUAUCUCAUAGAAAGAGUUUCUUCAACCAAGUUGGAAAGGUAGUUUAACUGAAAUUAUUAUAUCUUAUAGAAAGUGCUUAAUUUUGAAAUCGGAACUCAAGUAACAUUGAUUCAAACAUUAAAUAAUAAAUUGUAUGUGUGGUUCAGUUUAGACAAAAUACAUAUGUGUAGCCAAAACAUGGAUCUUUGUGACAAAUAUAGUAAUUUUUUGUCACAAAUCUAUACAUAAUAUAAAGAAAAAUUGGGCACUAUGACGAAAAAGAGUUUCCUAGAAUCACUCUCAGGAAUUUGAAAGUGUAGAUUUGUCAGAAAAAAUGAUCAUACUCGUCACAAAGGUCCAUGUUUUGGUUACACUUCUAUAUUUUGUCUGAACUAAACAACACAUACAAUUUAAUAUUAAUGUUUGAAUCAAUACUACUUGAGUUCCGAUUUCAAAACUAAUUUCUUUCUAUAAAAUAUAAGUAACUUAAGAUAAAAUAUAAAUAUAGAAGUAUCAUCACCAAACAUAUUCCUAGAGUUCAAUCAAAGAAAUAACAAUAAAUAAAAUGUAGCCUAGUUGGUUAUAAUGCUCUUUCUUUAUUCAAGUGACAAAGGUUUGAACUCUAAUGAUAACAUUUUUAAUAUAUAAACAUGAAUUGGGUGCAAUGACAAAAAUAACCUUCCUAAAAUUACUCUCGAGCCACGGAAUUUGAAAUGGAAAAAUUCCAACCCAUAUUUUGCCAUUAUAUAUAUUGUAUAUGUCAAUGUUUCUCCUUUGUUUCCUUGAUCGUCUCUUUUGCCCGGCGCCGCAACUCUAACCAACAUUGGGAAUAUGUGGUGAGGUGUAGGGGCUGGAAUCAAACUAUAGGCCUACCGAUGCAUUUUAACACAAUAGAUGUUGUUGGAUUCCAUAAUUCAUGAUUGUUUGAUUCAUGUUAUCGGAUUGGUGAUUUUGACGAGUUGAUGAUUAAUAAGCCUAAUACGAAAAACUAUCACGUUAUCAAUGGGCCAAGCGCGUCAAAGGUGUUUUACCUUCAGUCCAAGCCCUCUCAAUGAGGACCCCAAACCCUUAUACAAGGAGGUCCAAACCCUACCAGCAAAGACUUCUACUCUCCCUUCCUCCUUUGACCACAUAAGGCCUUGCUCUACACUUAUUUCUAUAUCGCACUAACUUGAGCGUAUAAGCGUAGGUCACGGGGGCCACUCCCUCAAUAAUCAUUAUUAUCCGCCUAAUACGUUCUAGGUUCAAACAUUUGGCCCGGAGAAGUGGGUUGAACAAAUAGCGUGGCAUUAGAAAAUUAGGCGCAGUACGCCCACUAAACGGCCAACAUUGAUUAACUUUAUUGAAACUUUUUUUUUUUUUUUUACGGGAAACUUUAUUGAAACUUUAGCGGUGCAGCUUGUAAACAUAGCAAUUAGCCAAUUGCCAUUGAGUCCAAUAAUUGAUGAUUAUAUAAAUGAUUAUGAUUUGGAGGCGUAACAUUUAGCCAAUAGGCACUAGUGCAGUCGUAGGUAGUAUAUUUAAUUGAAAACCGUUGGUAAAAAAAAAAAAAAAAAAAAAAACAUGCUUACAGAUCGUUGGAUCCGAGUCACCCCUAUUUCUUUAUCAUAUAUAUGUUGGUCUAGAUAUCAUUACAAUUACAAAUCUCCGUCGUAUUAUUGACCCACUUUUAUUUUCUACUUAUUUUCCACAAAGCAAUUGUUCUUAUCAAAAGAAAUUAGGUGUCGUUUACUUCAAGGAUUUUAUAACGAGAGUUUUGUCAUGGAUUUGCUAAUUAAAAAAUUUGGGAUUUAUUAGGGAUUUUGGGCAUUAUGGAUUUGAGGAAAUCCUUUAUUUGUUGAGCUAUGUUUAUCAUGGAUUUGAUGGUUUUCAGCUUGUCUCCAAAUCCCAGGGUAUGAGGUGGGAUUUAUAAAACCGUGGGGUCCAUGGAUUUGGAGCAAAAAAAUACCCAAAUCCGUGGGGCCCACUGAUUAAUCUAAACAUUUUUGACAAAGCAAACAACGGAUUGUGUGUAAAUCUAUGAUGAUUAGUUUUUUUAUACCAAAUCCAUUAUGCAAAUUCUUGAAGCAAACGAACCCUUCACUCUCACUCUAAAGAUACCCAUCAUGGUGGCAGAGCAACAAUUUUGAAGUGCCCGACUAAGUUUAGCCUAAUCGUUGGGGUAAGCGCAACGCAGUGCAUGUUAACCAUUAUUGGAUCCAAUGUUCUCGUGAUUUCAUUUUGUUAGUUUUACACGAAAAGCCAAAACUUGAUUUUCCUUAUUUAAACUGGGUUUAGACAAUAGUCUUUAAUGCCAUCCUUAAUAAUAUAUAGAAUGAACUAAUUCAUUGCACAUAGAGCCAAAACACCACAAGGUUGCAAGGUCCAUGCCUUCCGGAGAUGGCAAAGCUAACAUUUCAGAAAGCCAAACGUUAAGACUGCCAAUAGUUGUUUAAUGGAACCUAAUUACUUAACUAAAUACUCACAUUUAACCUCAGUUAUGAAGACAAGAUUUACCCUUUUGCAGGGGAUCAAAUGACAAAUAGGGUGUUAAUUAGCAUCAUGUAAACAUAAUUAUUAGAAGUAUUAUGGUAAUUAUUGUAUAUAAUAGUUUCUCAUAAUGUCCUCUCCCCAUCUCCGGCUCUGUAUAAGAAAAAAAACCACAAUAUAUUAUUUGUCAAAAAAAUUAUUUUAUCAUUAUAAAAAUUUAUUCCACCGAUUCAAUAUAUCAUAAAUCCAAUAGGUUUACAAUGCAAAACCGCUAUCACACCCGUUGGCAUAGGUCUACAUACGAAAUAAAAAUUAGACAAAAGCAAAAAAUCAAGGAUUGUAAAAUCGUGCGGGAGAUUAUACCAAAAAAGUCAAUAUUUAUAUUAACAGAGUGGUUCAAUAGUGAUUCAACCAAAUCCACCUACCGAUUUUGCAUCCUGUAUCUUUUUCUAAUCGAACCGAAUUGGUACUCUACGGCUUUUCAAUCCUUGAAAAAAACUUUAACAGAGGGUUAGUUUCGGGAAUUAAGCACCAAAAUAUUGCCGCACUAUGAAACUCCGCCUUCGCCGUUCCUGCAGGGCCGAAGCGAAGACUAGAGCAAAGAAGGAAAUUGACUCUUUUCUUUCUCUUUUCUUCCUUCCUCUUCCUAUAAAUACGGAGCCACCGCCGCUCACCGAAACAAGCCCCAAGGCGAAGGCAUAAGCCGGGCGGUGGCGGCUGCAGCGGCGGACAAUUAUCCUAGAAAGGCAACAACAGCCGACUGCCUACAAUAUGGGAGCUGAGGGAUUGCCACGGACGGCCACCACGAACGGUGAGACUGCGCCUCAUCAUCAUCCACCUCAAAUUCUGGGCCUUCAGCCGGCGGCGCUCGUCGACCACGUGGCUCGCGUCGAUUUGUCGUUGCUGGAUCGAAUUCCCGGCGACCGCGGCGGUUCUAUUCCAGUUGCCAUUGAAGAGCUUGACGGUAUAUUGACGGAGGUCAAGGCUCACGUGCUUGCCUCUCCAGAUGGUUCCUCCCUUGCAAAGACAAUUGCUGGAGGCAGUGUGGCGAAUACUAUUCGGGGACUGAGUGCUGGUUUUGGGUUAUCCUGUGGUAUCAUUGGGGCUUGUGGGGAUGAUGAUCAAGGCAGGCUGUUCGUGAGCAACAUGACCUUUCAUGGAAUCAACAUUUCAAGGUUGAGGUCCAAGAAAGGAUUUACUGCUCAGUGCGUUUGCCUAGUGGAUGAGCUUGGAAACCGGACGAUGAGACCUUGCCUUUCAAACGCUGUCAAAGUUCAGGGUGAUGAAUUAGCCAAGGAGGACUUCAUGGGCUCCAAGUGGCUGGUAAUGCGGUAUUCCAUAUUCAAUUUGGAAGUUAUCAAAGCUGCUGUCAAGGUUGCAAAGCAAGAGGGUGUUUCCGUUUCAUUGGAUUUAGCUAGUUUUGAGAUGGUUCGGAACCAUAGAGUUCCGCUGAUGGAGUUACUUCUAUCAGGGGAUGUAGACCUCUGCUUUGCUAAUGAGGAUGAGGCUACAGAGCUACUGAGAGGCGAAGCAAAUGCUGAUCAUGAAGCUGCUCUUGAAUUCCUGGCCAAACACUGCCGGUGGGCUGUAGUCACCCUAGGGGCAAAUGGCUGCCUUGCAAAGCACGGAAAGGAGGUGGUUCGAGUUCCAGCCAUCGGAGAAUCGAAGGCUGUAGAUGCUACUGGUGCAGGGGACCUUUUCGCCAGCGGGUUCUUGUACGGUCUGACCAAAGGAUUGAGCCUGGAGGAAUGCUGUCGAUUUGGUUCUUGCAGUGGCGGCUCCGUGAUUCGAUCUCUAGGUGGUGAAGUGACUCCAGAGAAUUGGCAGUGGGCGUACAAACAGAUGCAGGCAAAGGGCCUCCCCGUCCCUGAAAUCCGCAAUUGAUUAUGAAGAUAACACAGAUAGCCUUUACCAAAUAUCUUAUCAGCCAUUGUUCGUUUCAAGUCCAGUUCGUUUGAUUUGGAACUUGCUACAUUAAUGGAGGAGGCAGCUGUUUGUUGUUGCAUGUUGGGGUGAUGGGUCGAAUGCUGAAAUCAUUCUCUCUUCUCAUGUAUGUUUCCAACUUCAGAGUUUAUAGAAAGCAUUCAUCCCAGAUGAACUCGAUCCUACUUGUUGAUUGCUUAACUGGAUUCUUAACUGAUAGCUUUCAUAGUUGUAUAUGAACUUAGAGCAAUAGCAUGAUGAACCAAGAAUUCUCCAGGCCCACGUGGCUACACGUAAAAAAAAAAAAAACUGCAGAACAAUGUCUAAUACAUAUGAGUCAAAUGGAUAUUUCCAUGGAUAUAGAAACAAAAGCUACGUACAGAAUGAUGCACCACCACCGUGAGCCGACCAGCAAAUCAGCAAUUUGUUUAUGGAAUUGUCUGAAGAAAGAACAAGAAAGAAUCCGAAGUUAGAGGACACCUUAAACGACGUCAUUCUUAAAGAAUGUUUUCUUCUAAUUUAGAUCUCGUUAUUAUUUUUUGUCGUGGAUAUUUUUUAGCAACUAACCAGUCAUGCAAAUGGACAAAAUCUAGAAACAUGCAUUAUUAUUAUUAUUAUCAUUAUUAUACUUUUUUAUAUUAUAGAAGAGAGGUCUUGUGAUGUGAGACUAAAAAUAGUGCACAUCACAAUAAUUUUUUUGCUUUUCUGAUUUCUUUUAUUAUUAUUAUUAAUAUACCUCACAAUUCAUAUUUUUAAUUUUAAUCAAACUCAUGAGUAUCAACCAUAAUUCGACCAGCUCAAAGAGAGUUGUACUGUUGACAAGUUUUGAGUAGUGAGAAUCUCUUUUAUAGUUGACGGAUUAAGUAUGGUGUGAAUUUUGUUAAAAAUUUGUUAUGCUUUCCAUCUGACCUGCACGUAAAAGCAAAGCAAUCAACCCGAUCAAAGAGGAUUGAAUUCGGUGUUUACGAGUUUUGGUUCAAGAUUGAGUUUUACCCAUUUUUGUAAUUGAUGAGUUGGGUCAGGUGUGGAUUUUAUUAAAAACUCUAUCGACUCUCCAUCCGACACCACCUAGUACACAAAAUUAUUGUCUGGGUUGAAUUCGGGAUUGGAGAAUUUUUGUACGAGAGCAAGUUGAACUUGUUGUUAACGAGUUCUUGGUUGGGAGCGAGAUUUUGUGAUGUGACACUAAGGAGUAGUUCACAUUACAACUCUUUUUGUUUUCUUCUUAUUAUUAUACAUCACAAUCCAUUUUUUACUUUCUCUUUUUAACCCAAACUCAUGGCUUGAGUAUCCAACCUAAUUCGACCUAAUCAAAGCGAGUUGAACCUAAUUAUAACGAGAUUUGAGUCAGGAACAAGUUUACGCCCUUUUAUAAUUAAAGAGUUGGGUCGGGUGUGAAUUUUGUUAAAAACUCGAUCCGCUUUUUAUCCGACCCCAUCUUUAAAGCAAAACAAUCGUUCCGGUCAAAGUGGAUUGAAUAUGAAGUUGACAAGUUUUGGUUCAGGAGUGAGUUUUACCCGCUUUUGUAAUUGAUGGGUUGGGUCGAGUAUGAAUUUUGUUAAAAACUCGAUCGACUUUCUAUCUGACUUGCACCUAAAACACAAAUUGACUUCGUCAAAGCUGGUUGAACUUGGGCUUGACGAAUUUUGGUUGAAGUGAGUGGAACCUGCUAUUGACGAGUUUUUGGUUGGGAGCGAAUUAAUCCUCUUUCUAAACGAUGGGUGGUUCGGAUGUGGAUUUCAUUAAAAACUUAACUCACUUUUCAUCCAACUCGCACCUAAAAAACAGAAUAAUCAACCAAGUCAAAGCGUGUUGAACUUGGUAUUGACGAGUUUUUUGUCGGGACUAAGUUUUACUCGCUUUUGUGAUUGGUGGGGUUUGGUUGAAUUCGGAUUUUUUUUAACACUUGAUGCUGCUUUCCAUCCGACUCGCACAAAGAAAAUAAAACAAUAUCGAAUUU